AUGAUGUUUCUGUGUACGUCACGAUUUGAAAUUGAGGAGGAAGAGCGUACAUUGAUCGAUGAAUAUCUCUCAAACCAAGAAAUUCAGGCUGCAAAUGAAGAGAAGGAAUUACAGACGCAGAUGGAUCUUGAUCCAAUUAGCGAUGAUGAGAAGGAUUAUGCGCUCUCUGCCCAAUAUCAGCCUGCCCCUGAGGUGCCUAGUCAACAUAGGCUAGAUAAACGUCGAAACAGUGUUGCAUCUGAGCAUGAAGACCAGGGAUCUAAUGAGCUGGAGGUCUGA